UAUUCCACACAAAUCAACUUUUUUAAUCAUGUAUUUUGUUUAUCUUUUAGAUGAAGACACUAUUCGCUAUCUUGUCAGUCAGACAGUUGAUGGAGAGCAAGAUUCUGAUUUAUCAGAUGUUCCGGCCACCGAAGAUCAAUCAGUUGAUGCAAGUAGUUUGGACUCCAGAACUGCAGACUCAGGAGCUGCGACUGCAUCUGCAUCAGGUGUUCGAUGGACCCAUGAAGGGUUAUUGUUGAUGCUGUCUCUUUAUGAAGAACAUAAACUGAAAUUUGAUUCCGCAUCCUUCAAAAACAAAAACGUGUGGAGAUUGAAAGCAGAAGAGAUGGCACACAAAGGAAUUACUGUCACGGGUGAAGCCUGUGACAGUAAAUUCCGGUUGAUGAAGUUUAAGGACAAGAAGAUAGUGGACCAGCAUGCCACUAGUGGGAGCGGGGGAAAAAGCUGGGAAUACUUCCAAAGGAUGGAUGAGCUAUUUGCUGGAGAUCCAUCUGUAAGACCAGCGAUGGUUGUGUCGUCAAUGCCCGGUUCGUUUUUGUUUUUGUAUUUGUUAUUAUAA